AUGGAGAAGCGACAAUUGUACGCGUUUCCGCGCGUCGGUCGCAGCGAUUUGUCGCUGUCGCGUGUCGACUCUCACGAGUUCCAGCCCACGGCCGUGCGGCGCACUGAGAGUCCCGGCAUGUGGUUCGGACCCCGGCUCGGAAGGUCCUUCAAGACUGAUGACGAUGAUUUCACAAUUCAAAACGAAAACAAUGACCACAGCGAACCUGAACAAACGGAACCCGUGCACGAGGAGCGGAGGAAGAGACAGACCCUGAACUAA